GACGGGUGGAACUGGUUAUGCAAAAAAGAAAAAGGUUUGGCUCUCUACAAACUCAACACUCACACUGCAAGUUUACCAUCAUGUGCCUGAAACUCUAGUUACAGCGGAAAUAUGGUGCAAGACGGUGAAGAUCUAAGCCAUGGAAAAUCAAUUUGGGGACUCAAAUCUCUUCGCUCACUUGGCAUUUUUAUGGUUCUGCUGGUCCUGUGCCUGUGUUACUACAUCCUCCCCUAUGAAUUUUCAGACACGUGGACAUCGACAGUUGGAUUAUUUAUUAAAGACGACAAUGUUUCAUUGACUACACCAUCAGCAGUGACUACUCAAGAACCGUGGAAGCCUCCAGAACCCUAUUGUGUGGCUUACCCAGGGAAGUAUCAUUUCAUUGUGAAUGAGCCAGAGAAGUGCCAGAAGGAAAACCCGUUUGUGGUGUUGUUGAUACCAGUAGCUCCCAGCAACAAGGCUGCACGGGAUGCCGUCCGUUCAACGUGGGGUACAGAGAAGUUAGUGGGGGACAAGGUGGUGACCUUAUUAUUCCUACUAGGUGUCUCCACUUCAAAUGAUAGCCAAAAGCUUCAUGAAGAUCUGUUGAAGGAAAGCGAGCAGUAUCAUGACAUUGUGCAAAGCGAUUUCUGGGACAGUUAUUACAAUCUCACCAUUAAGACAAUGAUAAUGAUGGAAUGGUUGACCGCUUACUGCCAGAACACCUCGUAUGUAAUGAAGGUUGACUCUGAUAUUUUCCUCAAUGUGAAAAACUUAGUGAACCUGCUUCAGUCAGCACCAAAGCAGAACUAUAUGAGUGGACUCGUGGCUAGAGGAGCGGUGGUAUUAAGAAACCCCAAUUCUAAGUGGUACCUUCCGAAAACAACAUUCGCCCCAGAUUUUUAUCCCCCCUAUGCUCUGGGCUUAGGAUAUGUCUUCUCUAUAGACCUGUCACAGAAACUUGUUGAAGCUGCCCAACUUGUUAAACCGGUUUACAUAGAAGAUGUAUAUCUGGGGUUGUGCAUGCAGCAUUUAAGAAUUGGUUUAACCAAUCCACCCAAUGGAGGUCUUUUCAAUGUAUUCCCUGUGGACUACAACCGAUGUCGCUAUUCAAAACUCGUUGCCACAACAACACGUAGCUUGAAUGACCAAGUUGUGUUUUGGAAGGAAUUACAGAAGCCUGGUCCAUACUGCUAACUACAAAAAGUGGUGUAACGGUCAGAGGAUGCACA